AUGACCUGUGUAGCCAUCUCCUCAUCCGCGUCCUCGUCAAGGCCGUCGUCGCCGAAGAACGAGAAAACAAAUACUCUUGCGAUAACGUCCCUCCCGAAGUCAUUUUUCUCGCCUAACGUUCUAGAGGCGCUGCGCCGCCACUUCGUUUCCUUUGGUUCAAUAAAUCAAUGGGUGCCGUUGCCUGGAUUUGGGCGGAUAAUCGUGGUAUUUGAAGUUGACGACCAUGCAGAGGCAGCCAAGUUGCAGUCUGAUCCCAUAAUAAUCGAAAGCUCGUUAGAUCAAUCGCAUACCACUCUGCGUGUCUAUCGUGCCGAUCCAAAUCCACUAAUUUCGCAGGACUCGGUAGGAUUUGUCCCUGAGGCAAACUACCUGCGACCUCCACCGAUAGAGAAGAACUUUCUUAUUUCGCCUCCCGGGUCGCCGCCAGUUGGCUGGGAACAGAUACGAGAAGAUCCACCCAAUGCCACCCCUCUCGCCGAGGACCUCAUUGUUGCGCUACGAAAGUUGCAAGCAGGGCGCAAGCGCUCGAGUAUUGAGAUUCUUCUUGACCCGCAGGAGGGCUCCGGCGUCGGUGUUUAUGUGCAAGACUGCGACGGCGAGGACGACGACGAUGCGCAGACACGCGAGGAAGAUUGGAUUUAUGGAGAAUCGGCACCUGCAAGACAGAAGUGGAUGCGGGUGCAUACUGCCUUACCACCGAUGAGGGCUCUGUCUGUUUGA